CUUACUUGAGCUUUCAUCUCCCUACCAAUCCCUUCGAGCCAAAAUGUCUGCACCUAAAGUCGAACAAGGCGAACAGAUCCCCGAUCCUCAUGGAACCGUCGUCGAACUCCUCAAGGCUGGUGAAGUCAUCCCAGAUGUCAUCCCCGAGUUCAGGCCCUCCCUGUUCUUCAGCAUCAUCUUCCCCGGCUUCAGCACCAGCGCUACUGAGAUCACGAUGGGGACGACAUACGAGAGAGACAGAACUUUGAAGGAGCCCGAGAUUGAAGUCGUCGCCACUGUUCCCGAGUUGUUGUCCGGCUCUUUGGAAGGGAACCAGACCUACACAAUCGUGAUGACUGAUCCUGAUGCCCCCAGCAAGCAAGACCCCAAGUUUGGCGAGUGGAGGCACUGGGUCACCACCGGUGUGAAGCUUCCCAAAGCUGGUAGCGGCGUCACCUUCGCAGCCAAGACAAAGCCCGCAUCUACUCCCUACGAGCCACCCGCUCCCCCUCCAGGAAGCGGUCCUCACCGAUACGUUGUCCUCAUGUUCCAAGAACCCGAAGGCUUCACCAUCCCGCCUGACGCCGUUGAGUGCAAGGCCGAUCUCGAUAGCAGGCCCAAGUGGAAUGCCAUGAAGUUCGCUGAGAAGUAUGGGUUGAAGCUUGUCGGAGCCAACUUCUUCAUUACCCAGAGAGAUUGAGCCCAGCCAUCCAAAGAUUUCGACAUGUGUAAAUAGUAGAAUACUGCGAAUGAAGCGCAAAGAAUCUGAUUUCA